CUGGCGGGGCGGCUGGCCUGGAGCGAGCGAGCCGAGCGAGGAGGAGGAGGAGGAGGGACCGCCGGGCGGCGGACUGCAAGCGGGCGCUCGGAAGUGGCGAGCCGGCCAUGCAGCGCUCCGAGGCGGCCGUCCGGGCAGCCUCCCCCGCCCCCGCGCGCCUCUGAGAGCCAGCCAGCCAGCCCGCUCGCUCGCCAGCCUCGCCCUCGCCGCAGCAGGCACCGCAGCCGGGUCCUGUGGCCGAGCCGCCCCCGCUCGCUCGCUCGCUCGCUCGCUGCCUCUCUCGGGCUCGCUGGCCAUGAACUUCCAGGCGGGGCCCGGGCAGAGCCCCGGGCAGCAGCAGCAGCAGAGCCUGGCGGCGCCGGUGCCAUCAGGGACCCCUCAGGGCGGCGCACCGCAGCCGCAGUUCGGCCUCUCCAACUCGUCGGCCAUCCGCGCCGAGAUCGGGCGCUUCGAGUCGGUGCACCCCAACAUCUACGCCAUCUACGACCUGAUCGAGCGCGUCGAGGACCUCGCGCUGCAGAACCAGAUCCGCGAGCACGUCAUCUCCAUCGAGGAUUCGUUUGUGAACAGCCAGGAAUGGACCCUCAGCCGCUCCGUGCCGGAGCUCAAAGUGGGCAUUGUGGGGAAUCUGUCCAGCGGGAAGUCGGCCUUGGUGCAUCGCUACCUGACGGGCACCUACGUUCAGGAGGAAUCCCCUGAAGGGGGCCGGUUCAAGAAGGAGAUUGUGGUGGACGGGCAGAGCUACCUGCUGCUGAUUCGUGAUGAAGGUGGCCCCCCAGAGCUGCAAUUUGCGGCCUGGGUGGACGCGGUGGUGUUUGUUUUCAGCCUGGAGGACGAGAUCAGCUUCCAGACCGUCUACAACUACUACCUGCGCCUCUGCAGCUACCGGAACACCUCCGAGGUGCCGCUGGUGCUGGUGGGCACGCAAGAUGCCAUCAGUGCCUCCAACCCCCGGGUGAUUGACGACUCCCGGGCCCGGAAGCUCUCCAACGACCUGAAGCGCUGCACCUACUACGAGACCUGUGCUACCUACGGCCUGAACGUGGAGCGGGUCUUCCAAGAUGUGGCCCAGAAGGUGGUGGCCCUGCGCAAGAAGCAGCAGCUCUCCAUCGGGCCCUGCAAGUCGCUGCCCAACUCGCCCAGCCACUCCUCCGUCUCGGCGGCCUCCAUCCCCUCCGUGCACAUCAACCAGGCCGCCAACGGGAGUGGGGCCUUCAGCGACUACUCCUCCUCUGUGCCCUCCACCCCCAGCAUCAGCCAGCGGGAGCUGCGGAUCGAGACCAUUGCUGCUUCCAACACGCCCACGCCCAUCCGCAAGCAGUCCAAGCGCCGUUCCAACAUCUUCACAUCUCGCAAAGGCACAGACAUCGAGCGGGAGAAGAAGGCUCCGGAGUGCAAGGCGGACACCAUCGGCAGCGGGCGGGCCAUCCCCAUGAAGCAGGGGGUUCUCCUCAAGCACAGUGGCAAGUCCCUGAACAAGGAAUGGAAGAAGAAGUACGUGACCCUGUGUGACAACGGAGUCUUGACCUACCACCCCAGCCUGCACGAUUACAUGCAGAACAUUCACGGGAAGGAGAUCGACCUGCUGAGGACGACUGUGAAGGUGCCGGGCAAGAGGCUCCCCCGGGCCACCACCGCUGCCGCCGCCCCCCCCAGCGCCCCCAGCGCCAGCCCCAAGACCAACGGCCUGGCCAAGGAGAGGACCAGCCUGCAGUUCCCGGGCAGCUCCAGUGCCCCCCACUCGGCCAGCAGCACCUCCCUGCACUCCGAGCGCUCCGGCAGCGGCACCACCCUCGUCGGCUUCAGCAUCAAGGCGGAGGGCGGUGGGGGCAGCGGCAUGCACCAGCGGUCCUACUCCGUCUCCAGCGCCGACCAGUGGAACGAAGCGGUCGUCAUCCCCAGCAGUGUGCCGAACCCCGCCAACAGUGCCGCCGACUCCCUCAGCUCCAGCCCCAACGUCUCCAGCACUGCCAGCCCCAAACUGGACCCGCCGCCCUCCCCGCACGCCAACCGGAAGAAGCACCGCCGGAAAAAGAGCACCGGCAGCAGCCGGCCGGACGGGGCCAGCGCGGUGGCUGAAGAGCAAGAGGAGUCCUUUGAGUUCAUCAUCGUCUCGCUCACGGGCCAGACGUGGCUCUUUGAGGCCUCCACCGCAGAGGAGCGGGAGCUGUGGGUGCAAGCCAUCGAGAGCCAGAUCCUGGCCAGCCUGCAGGGCUGCGAGAGCAGCAAGAACAAGGCUCGGCUGGGCAGCCACAGCGACCCCCUGGCCGUGCAGUCCAUCCGCACCGUGCGCGGGAACAGCUUCUGCGUCGACUGCGAUGCCCCCAACCCCGACUGGGCCAGUCUCAACCUGGGAGCCCUCAUCUGCAUCGAGUGCUCCGGCACCCACCGCCACCUGGGCACCCACCUGUCGCGCGUCCGCUCCCUGGACCUGGACGACUGGCCCCUCGAGCUGGUCAUGGUGAUGACUGCCAUCGGCAACACGCUGGCCAACUCUGUGUGGGAAGGAGCCAUCGAGAACUACCCCAAGCCCGGCCCCGACAGCUGCAGGGAGGAGAAGGAGCGCUGGAUCCGGGCCAAGUACGAGCAAAAGCUCUUCCUGGCCCCCUUGCCCCACUCGGACGUGCCGCUGGGCCAGCAGCUGCUGCGGGCCGUGGUGGAAGAUGACCUGCGGGCCGUGGUGACGCUGCUGGCCCACGGCAGCAAGGAGGAGGUGAACGAGACCUACGGGGACGGGGACGGGCGGACGGCUGUGCACCUCUCCAGCGCCAUGGCCAACGUGGUCUUCACGCAGCUCCUCAUCUGGUACGGCGUGGAUGUGAAGAGCCGUGACGCCCGAGGCCUGACCCCGCUGGCCUACGCACGCCGUGCCGGCAGCCAAGAGUGUGUGGACAUCUUGCUGCAGCACGGAUGCCCCGGCGACUUGCCCGGAGGCCCCCUCACCCCCAGCCUGCCCCGCCGGAACAUCAACAACAACAACAGCAGCAGCGCCUCUGGCCCUCUGCCCGCUGACCCUCCCGGCGCCACCGUCCACUGAGUGCCCCCUGCCAAGCCUCUCGGAGAGCCCGGCCUGGGCCCCCAACCCUGGACACAGAGCAGCCGGGGGCCCGGUCCUCUGGGGCAGAGACUGGCCCUGGGGACGGCAGAAGUAGCCGAGUCGGGGGGGGGGGUGUCUCUUGUGCUACCCAGGCAUCCAGCCCCCUCCUCCCCGCCCUCCAGGAGAAAGGGAACAGGAGGCCCAUGGAGCGCCCUGAGCAAAAGGGACCCCCUUCCCCUCCCCACUCCCUCCCUGGCUGCUCUGGUUUGCCAGCCACCUGGCUCUCCCUUCUGGGCCCUCCCUGUGUUCCUUGCAGUCCCCGGCCAGGCAGUGGGACCCACCGAUCUGCCGCCCCCCACUGCCCAUGCUGGAUGCUGCUUUCCCAGGCCCGUCCCACCACUGCCUGCCCCAAUCACUCGUGUAUAAAAUGUAUAUUGGAAAUAUUUAUAUGACAGUCUGUACAUAUGGUUUCUCGACCUUGUGAGUGUGCGAGAGAGCGCGGGAGCAAGAGAGCUGCUGCCCAAUAAAGCCAAACUGCCCACCCUCCGCGCCACAA